CCAAAUAAAUAUUUUCAUUCUGUCAGAGUCAGUGUCGAUCUGUCAUUUUCAUUUUAAUUUUUUGUAGUAAUAAAUAACAAACAAAGGCUUAUCAACUUACAAUUCAUCAGUCACACUAUAAUUGAUAUCACUGUAGUCAUAUUAUCAUAAAUAAUACUUCAAUCUUUGAAAUGGACACUCAGAAAGAAGAUGGAUCAAGUAAAGUUUUGUCUUUUGCUGAAAAAAAUGCGGAAAGGCUGAAAAAACUAAAGGACCUUCAUUUAAAACGAAACGAAGCCAGACAACAAAAUCACAAAGAGGUUGUAGAAGAAGACAAACGAAAUAACUUGCCGUCUAACUGGGAAGCGCGGAAGCGGAAAGCUGAGUGGAUUUUAAAUGAUGAAGCCCAACGUGACGCGGCUGCUGAAAAGGGUGAAGAUUACGACAGAAUCAAACUUCUCAACAUCAGCGCAGCUGAGGCAGAAAGACUUGAGCGAAAGAAGAAGAAAAAGAACCCAGAUACUGGUUUCGCUGAUUAUGAACAAGCUACCAUCAGGCAGUACAACAGGCUUGUGAAAAACAUGAAGACAGACAUGGAUAGCUAUGAAAAACAGAAGGAAACUCUGGGAGAGGCUUUUUACGGUGGACCAAACACGAUUCUCCAUGGGCUGCAGAAAGACAGCAAGGAAGGCAUUGAAAGGAUGGUUGGAGAUCUGGAGAAACAAAUUGCCAAAAGAGAAAAAUACAGCAGAAGGAGAAUGCACAAUGAUGAUAAUGACAUCGAUUACAUCAACGAGAGAAACAUGAAGUUCAACAAGAAAUUAGAAAGAUUUUAUGGAGAACACACAACAGAAAUCAAGCAGAAUCUUGAGAGAGGAACUGCAGUGUAAUGUUUUGUAAAUAUAUAUUUAAAUGUCUACUGUUUCUUAAAAAAGUAAAAAUGUGUUAGAAGUAUCUUUUAUA